AUGAAGAUCUCUAUGCGUUUGAUCUCAGCUGUUCUCCUCGUGUUCAUGAUAUUCGUCGCCACAGGGAUGGGUCCAGUCGCAGUUGAGGCACGCACGUGUGAGUCAGCGAGCCAUAAGUUCAAAGGUACAUGCGUGAGCAACAGCAACUGCGGAAACGUGUGCCACGGCGAAGGCUUUAGCGGAGGUAAAUGCCGUGGUCUACGCCGCCGUUGCUUCUGCACCAGACCAUGCUGA